AUGACCUCUCCAGCAGCCUCUCCGCCCUCCUCCGUGCCCUCGUCCCCUCGACGAUCGCUGUUCCACAUCCCGGGCCUAUCCAAAAAGUCCUACACCCCUUCCUCCGCCGACGGCACCACCACACCCUCCGGUCAAGUCACGACCAUCGCGCAGACGCCCAUCCUCGAAUCCUCCAACCCGCUGGAAAAAUCCUCCGUUCCCACCGAAGCUCGCGAGCAGCAGAUCGUCGGUCUUCCCGGUGCCAAACUCGAAUCCGAAACCGCCAAGAUCCUCAUCGCUCUCGACGGAACCGAUGCCGGCGAUAAAGCCUUCAAGUACCUCCUCGAGAACAAGCUCCUCAAAACCGACUCUCACGUCUUCCUCUGCACCGUUCUCCCCGCCAACGUCAUCUCCACCCCCUGGGUAGCAGGUCCUCUCACCAUCGAUACCGAACGACACAACGAGCUGCUCAAAACCAUCCGUGCCCAAGCCAUCGAAAAGCUCGAACCGUACAAAUCCCAACUCAAGGCAAAAGGCUUCAACGUCACCAUCCACGUCCUCCACGGUGACGCCAGAGCCAGUCUGUUGAGAGUCGCCAACUACCACCACGUAGAUCUCGUCCUCGUAGGCAAGAGGGAGAGAAACUGGAAAAAGGGUCUCUCCACAAGCGGAACUGUAUCCAGCUACCUGGUCAGCCAUUCCAACGCCCCCGUUCUCGUCAUCAAGUAG